AACUCAUGGCUUUUGUAAUGAAUUUUCUGCUGAAAACAAGUGGAGAUGAUUGGUAUACGGUUGGGAGUUACACUUUCUCACUAAAAAACUCUGAGUUAUCUUUUGUAACUCAAGAGUACUGUUUCUUUCGUUAAAUCUUAUUGGUAUAAAUAUUUUUCUUAUUAAAAGGCGUUCUCUCUCUAAUGAAAUCUGUAAUGAAAUUAUUAUUAUUUUAUAUUAUUUGAUUUUUUUUAUUUUCGAUCGUCAUAUUUGAAAUCCAACAUUUUUGUAAGUAAAUGGUUCUUCUGUCACCUUUUUGUUUUUGUUUUUUUUUUUUGGUCGAAACUUCUGUCACCUUUUUGUAACACAUGGUGAUCAAUCUUCACUUCAUAGUAUGCUGUCUCGUUUUUCUAAGCGGGCAUGGGUCCAAUAAUUCAAGAGAUCUUCUUACAAGUAAUUUAUUAUUUAAAUAACAUUUCUCAAUAAAAUAAUAUACAUAUAAAUUUGUCAAAAAAAGUAGUAUAUAUUAAUUAAAUAUACGAGAAACCAUAGCCAACACAAAAUGUCCUAGAAACCCUAGCCAACGCAGAACAAAACGAGCAACAAUGGAUACUAUAAUCGAAGGAGCUGAUACCAUAAGCUCUAUGCCAGAUGUGAUCCUCCACCAUAUCCUCUCCUUUGUUCCCAUUGGUCUCGCGAUCAGAACUUCUGUCCUGUCCAAACGAUGGAAGCAUGUAUGGUGCGAGACACCUUGUCUUGACUUUUCUCCCUAUGUCCGAACGCCGACGGCUCGUGACAUAAACCAAACCCUAAUCUCCUACAGGGCUCUCAAAAUCACGGAGUUCCAUCUUGGUAAAUUGGAAUUGGAGGACUGGUUACCUGAGUCCCAGCUUGAUAGCUGGAUAGAAUUCGCUAUGUCCCGUAACGUGGAGAAGCUGUCUCUGAUUAUGUCUUAUUGUUUUGAUGAAGAGAAUUAUCGUUUCCCUGAUUGUUUCUAUCAUAGUUCCUCCUUAGAGAACCUCACCAUCGAUUUUGAUAUGAUUCCAAGAUGUGCCGUUUCUUGGAAAUGUCUAAGGACACUUAUAUUGUCACAUUCUUUUCAACCUGUUGCUGCUGAUGUUCUCUCUGGCUGUCCAGUUCUUGAGACCUUGGCACUGCUUUCCUGUGGUGGAACUCAGUGUAUUGAUCUGAGUAAUUCACCGAGUCUGACAACGUUGACAAUCAUUCGCCGGAAAUACUACAGCAUACAAGGGUCAAUGGAGAUUGUAGCGCCGCACGUCCGUAAUUUGAAUUUGGGAAAUACUGAUGAACCAUGUACUUUAGUGGAUGUAUCCUCUUUAGCCCUAUGUAGGCUUGGCAUUAGCGUAGAAGAUCAACCUUAUGUGGAGAUUGAUCUUCUUCAACUUGAGAACAUGAUGCUAAAGAUACUAGCAAAAGUGCAAAACGUACAGAAACUUACUUUUGACGCAGCCUUUCUUCAGACUCUAUCUCUCGCCCAACUCCGUGAUGUUCCUUUCCCAACGCUCAAGGUCCAAACUGUGACUCUUUAUACCAUGUUUGCAAUAUCUGUUAUGCCUGGUAUGGUAAAGUUACUACAAAAUUCACCUGGAUUAAAGAAGCUUGUAGUACACGUAGUAACGGACCUGAUGUGCAUAGAGGAACGUGAUAUGGAAAGGUAUUUACAUUCACAAGGCUUGAAUUGGUGGGAUCAAUGUUGGAGAUCAAAAUAUGAGGGGUUUCCUUCCUUAAAAGGUUUUUGUAAUGGAAAAGCGAAUUUGAUACUGGAACUCUCGGCUUCGUUCAUAGAAAUUGUGCUGAAAAACGUAGAGACACUAGACACGCUAGUUCUAGAGUUCAAAUAUGUCUCCAUUGUGCUUAGACGCUAA